ACAAUAUAAAUACGUCUUUAAGUGUCAUAAUUUCAUUCUCUGUUGGUUGAUCCACUGAAAUCAUUGCAAUAUGCGGUCUCCUUUUAUUCUACUGCUAUUAGUCGGAAUUGUCGCUGCAAAUAGUUCCGACGAUGACAACCAUGGCUGGGUAGUUGGAAGAGAGUAUCAAUAUCUCAUACGAAGUCGUACAGUAACUGGACUGGACACAUUAGGUGACCAAUAUGCUGGUAUUUUAAUGAAAGCGGUACUGGAAGUUCAAUGUGUUUCUGCCGACAUCUUUAGAUUCAAAUUACUGAAUCCUCAGUAUGCUAAAAUACACAAGACUCUACCAAAUGGUUGGGAAUCUCAUAUCUCUGAUCAGAUGUUAGAAUACGAAGAUCUACAAUUAUCUAACGAACCCUUUGUCGUCAAACUAAAACAUAAAGUCUUCAGAGAAUUGAUUGUUAACGAGAAUGUACCAGUAUGGGAAGUAAACAUCAUCAAGAGUAUCAUCAGCCAAUUACAAACUGAUACUCAAGGAGAAAACAUGAAAAGAAAUAAGGGUCUUCAAGUACCAGAAAAUGAAAAUCCCUUUGCCACCUUCCAUUCCAUGGAAGAUAGUAUUAGUGGAAGAUGUGAGGUUCUCUACGACAUCGUACCGUUAGAUGAACACAUGAUUCACGAUCGUCCAGAAUUAUUACCAAAUCCAGAAAUACGAGGUAAAGGGGAACUCUUCUACAUCACGAAAACUAAGAACUACGAAAAAUGCGACCAACGCGUGGACUAUCAUUUUGGAAUAAGUGGAAAUGCAAACUGGGAAUCCGAUAUUAGAAACAAUGAUAAAAUUAUGAAAAGAUCAUCAACGUCUUAUAUGGUUUUAUCCGGAACUCUCAAAAACUUUAUCGUACAAUCGGCUGUAACAAGAACUAAAAUAAUCAUGAAGCCCAGACUUGUAGAUGAACAAGAAAGCAUUGUAAUGAGUAAAAUGAAUGUGACUCUCGUUAGUGUCCAAGAAAUGACAAACCAAAUACCAGAACCGAGUCGUCCUAUAUCAACUGGAAAUCUAGUUUACACUUACAACGAUCCAUUUUCGGAAAAUGAACGUCGACGACCUGGACAACCUAGCGAAAGUUUUAAUUCAAUGUCGAACGAAGUAGACUCUAAUUCUGAGAGUAACGAAGAAUUACAACUUAUAAGGGAACAGUAUGGUCAGAGUUUUAAAACCAAUGUUGUUAAUGAUGAAGAUAAAAGAUAUUGGCAGAAGAAACCAACGUUACAAGAUGCACCUAGAAAUCCAUUCUUACCAUUGUUCAUUGGUAACAAGGGGAAGGCAGUCCUGUUAUCUGAUAAGACAGACUUUAUUAAAAUGGUAUCUACACUUGUCGAAGAAAUCGCAAACGAAAUAGAAAAUCCGAAUACCAUGCCUGAACAAGAAACCCUAGAUAAAUUCACGAUUUUGUCUAGAUUGAUCAGUAGCAUGAGUUUAGAGCAAAUCAACAAAGCUGAAAGAAACUUGCAUUCCGUUUGGAAUGAAAUUAGUCCUGACGAACGGAAUCAAAUUAAAAAUGAGAACAUUAGAGAUGUAUAUCGUGAUGCAAUUGCUAGUGCAGGAACUGGACCUGCUUUGAUGACUAUCAAAAGGUGGAUCGAAAAUAAACAGAUCAAAGAAUUCGAAGCUGCCGAAGUUGUAUCAGCCAUUCCUAAGACUGCACGAAUACCUACAGCCGAAUAUGUCGAUACUUUAUUCGAAAUAGCAAGAAAUCCAGAGGUACAAAAACAAUUAUACCUCAAUUCGUCGAUUGUCUUAUCUUUCGCUGAAUUAGUACAUCUCACUCAAGUCUCUAACAUCAGCAUGUUCAAUUCUUAUCCAGUUAACGUUUUCGGCCGUCUAUCACCUAGACAAAAUGACGCAGUUAUAAGAAAAUACAUUCCAUUCCUUGCGGAACAAUUGAGGAAAGCUAUCAAGGAUGGAAAUAGUCCAAGAAUCCAAGUGUAUAUUAUUGCUUUAGGUAUAACAGGACAUCCGAAGAUAUUGAGCGUUUUUGAACCUUACCUCGAGGGCAAGGAACAAGUGUCAACUUUCCAACGUUUCCUGAUGGUUAUGUCUUUGAAAAAAUUAAUUGAUGUUAAACCUAGCCUCGCACGUUCUGUCUUAUACAAGAUCUACCUCAAUACCUGGGACGUUCAUUAUGUUCGUUGCGCUGCUGUCUAUUUAUUGAUGAAAACGAGUCCACCAUUAGAUAUGCUCAUGCGUAUGGCACAAUUUACCAAUUAUGACUAUAAUAAACAAGUUAAUUCUGCAGUUAAAUCAUCGAUUGAAAAUGCAGCUGAGUUAACGUAUCCUGAAUGGCAAGAACUAGCAACCAAUGCUCGCAAAGUACUUCAUCUAUUGAAUCCAGCAGAUACUGAGUAUUAUCAUUCACAAAAUUAUUUUAUGGAAGCUCAAAUGAAUGAUCAGUUGAGUUACAGAGCGUUAAUGAAUUAUAUCGGAAGUGAAGAUAGCAUAAUCCCAAUGUCUAUAUUCGUAGCUAUGAAAACUUCUUACAAUAACUUCCUUGGUCCUCCAUAUGAAUUAAGUUUAAGUAUAUCGAGCGUAAAGAGUCUAUUAGAAAUGUAUAGGCAUAAAUCGGGAAAAGAAAACGUUGAGGAAUCGCUCACGGAGAAAAUCGCUAAAAUGCUUAACAUCGAAUCGGACGACGUUGAACAAGUGGAAGGAACAUUCUUCUAUAAGACGCCAUAUCUUGAUAGAUACUUUUCUUUUGAUAAUCAUACCAUCGAAAGAGUUAUACGUAACUUAAUGUCUUCGAAGCAUAGUGGUCGUGUUAACAUAAAUAAGUGGUUGAGCAACGACAUGGUUAUGAGUUUUCCUACUGAAACUGGUUUGCCUUUCGUUUACGCUUUACACAGACCUAUAUUUUACAAACUUAGUGGUACAACUAAGCCAGAUAUGAAAUCUGGAUUCGAUGUUCGUCUACUUAUGUCUACAAAAGAUCAAGGAAGAGUUGGAUUCAUAGCACCAUUCGACCAUGAAGCAUAUGUAUCGGGCAUUGAUAGCAAUUGCCAAAUUUUCCUACCAUUCAGACUAAAUUACAAUGUAAAUUCUGAAAAAAAUAGAAUCGAUUUAGCACUCCGACCAUCGGAACAAGAUGCCAAUACGAGGACCAGACUGGGACACUUUAGUGAAGUACCUUAUACCUCGCAAUAUGAUCUCCUGUCGUUGCGCCCAUUGCUCUUGACCAAGAACACUCAUAGAGUAGGAAGGAAUGAACCAACACAGAUUAGAAUUCCAAACGAUCCUAACAGCGUUUUUGCCGUAGAAGUUGAAAGCGAUAAUCUUAUGGAAAGACUUCAGCAAUUUCUAAAAAGUGACGAUAAGUGGUACGACAUGACAUCCAUGUUAUCAUUCACCAAAGGUACAUACGAAAAAAUUGACCUCUACGUCAAACCUAAUCUACAAGAAAACGAAGCUAUUAAACUCUUUGCCGUAUGGGAUAAUAUGGAAAUUAGACCGGAGAAUGAUAAUUCUGAUGAGGGAUCUUGGCAAUCUGGCAACAAAGUAGUCUUAACAAACCAACACACUCCUGAUAGCCCGGCUAGAAGGAAAACUUUCUUAUCAGAAGCUUCUAAAGGUAUGAAUUCUGGAAAUGCGUUUGUUGUUGACACUGGUCUGGAAAUACCUGGAGCAUGGGGUAGUAGUCACGUUUUGACCUGGUGUUUAGCUGGUAGUGAAGUUGAAAAUAAAUUUCGAAGUCUUUCGUACAUGCGCAUGAACCUACCUCAACGUAAUACAACUUUCGAAAUUUGCACUAACACUCAAAUGAAAAGCACGGCAACAGCACCUUUUGAUUACCAGAAAAUACUUAAUGAUGAUCCAAGGUUGAAAUUCACCCUUAAUAUUCAAGCUGGAACAACAUGCUCUGAAGGCAAACGUAUUGCCAUUGAAGGACAGAUGAAACAAACUGAGGAUUAUAAAAUGUAUGUCCAAAAAUCGUCAAUGGCCAAAAAAUGCAACGAAAAUCAGAAAAAUAGAAUUAGAAAUUGCCAAGGAGCUAUAAACAUGGCUAGUAUUCUAAACGAAGUAGAUAUGACGAUCAGCUUUGAUUCUGAAGAAGAUAAUAAUGCUGUAUUAGAUACUAUCAAGAAUUCAAAGAAACUUUUUGAAAUAUCGGACAUACAAGUUCAGAAAGAAUCAAACGACAACAAAAACAACGAAGUAAAUAUUCGAAUUAAAUUAUCACCUGACAUGAAAAGCGUAGAUGGCAGAAUAUAUGCACCUGGAAACACUUUUACUUUCUCUAAUUUUGAAGUGUCUCAAAUAUGGGAUGAUAUUGAUAUGGACAAAAACGAAAAAGACAAUGGAUUUACAGCUUCGUGUACCAUUGACAAUGAUGAAGCAAUAACUUUUGAUGGUAAAGCUUAUCCUUUGCAACUUGGUAAAUGUCCACACGUGUUAUUAACUACCUACCCAAAACAUAAUCCAAACAAGUUUAAUGAAUUAUGGGAUAUUCCUGAAGAUAUGAAACUAAGCAUUGUUGCCCAAGAAACGGAAAAUAACAAAAAAGAAAUUAGAGUUCAAGUAGGUAAUGACGAAGUGCAACUUCGACAAUCUGGUAUGGAACUUGAAGCUAUGGUUAAUGGACAAAAAGUGAGAUGCUCGCAGAAAGAAAGCUACAAACAAGUCAAGAACGAUGAACUUGUUUUUGAAAUAUAUAAACUUCCUGGGCCUGCCCUCAAAUUGCAAUCAGCAGUAUAUGAUCUUGAUCUUGUCUAUGAUGGCAACCGCGUACAAAUCGAGGUUCCUACCACAUAUAGAAAAUCUAUUCGUGGUCUUUGUGGCGACUAUGAUGGCAGACCAGAAAAUGACUUUGUUACUCCAAAGAACUGCAUGCUACAGAAACCAGAAGAAUUUACAUCCACAUAUAUCUUGAAGGAACGAUGCGAAGGAAAUGCUUUGAAACAUGCGAAAAAGGCUCAGUUCUCUAAGUGUAUAACAAAGGUUAUACACUUCAGUGAUGUGGUAAACGACGAGGAAGCUGGAAGAGCAUUUACAAAUUGGAAGCAAUGGGGCUACCACAGAAAAGAUAAUAUGAACCAUUGUCACAGUCACCGAAUUAGAACCAUAUCCAAGGAAAAUAAGAUCUGUUUCACUAUGAGACCUGUACCAAUGUGUACCAGCGGAUGUAAACCUAAUGGAACAAAGCAAAAGAAAUAUUAUCUUUAUUGUUUACCACAGAACGAACAAAGUAUAGGAAUGAAGAAAAGAGUUGAAAAGGGAGCUAAUCCUGAUUUUAGUCAACGCACUCCUUCCAGUACUGAAAUGUUCAAUGUUCCCGUAGAAUGUGUUGCUGCUUGAUCAAAAAAUAUGCCACAUACUGUUAACAAUAAAAUAUUUCUUUUUUUGUUUAUUUUAUAAAACAAUUAUUAUUGUCAAUAUUGUUAUUUGGAUAGCGUAUUACGUUUUUAAUAUAAUAUAAAAUAAAAAAUAAAUUUGUAACUGUUAAAAGA